UCGUAGCUAAUCGCCAGCGUUAGCUCCAUCAACGCCGGUGUGUCCAGACGGUGAAACAACUGACGCGGAUUGAAAAGUACUGAGAAAAAUGGAUAAUCGGGGUUAUGGUUCAUCAGGUUACUCAAGCUGGGGUGGGGGUGGCAGCAGCUCCAGCAGAGGAUCGGGCGGCUACGACCUCUACGGCUACAAGGACUCCAUGUCCAUGUCCAUGUCCAGCAGUGGGGGCUACGGAGGCGGCUAUGGAGGAGGAGGAGGAGGAGGAGGAGGCGGGGGGUCCAGCCAGAUGAAGAGGAGCCUCUCCGGGGCCGGCAUGGUCUCCACGGGAACCAGCGCCGACGCCGUCAUCGCCAAGAUAAACCAGCGGCUCGACAUGCUGACCCAGCUGGAGGGCUCGGGAGGCAUGAAGGGAGGGGGCCGCAGCGACAGGUUUGACCAAUACGAGUCCUACGACUCGCGCCCCUCCUCUGUAAACCCCCGCGAUCUCUACAGAUCCGGUAGCUAUGGUUACGGCGACGGGCCGUCGGACCUGCUGAGCCCGCGGGGCGGGGGCUACGGGGGCGGGGCCUACGACGGCUCCUCCUCCUUCGGACCCGCCAAGGCGCGUCAGCCGCCCCGCGACUCCUACGCCGGCCCCGGCUGGGGCGGGAGGCGGUCCCCCAGGAGGGGCGGGGCCCCCGGGGGCCCGGGCGGACGCGGGUUUGGCCGCCGGCAGGAGCCCCCCAUGGGCGGGGCCCGGGGAGGCCACUCCCCCGGGGGGCGGGGCAGGCUCCCGUCGCUGCUGUCCCACCGCAUGUACCCCGAGACGGGCGCGUACCAGCAGCCCCCGACGGGCCCCCAGGACCUCCCCGGCCGGCCCUUCGGAGCGGGCCCCGGACUCCGGGCAGGCCGCCAGAGGGGCCGCAAGAGACCCGUCAACCGACAGAUAAACCCACAAAGGGAAGUGCAGAAGAAGAGGAAACAGACUGUUACCGCUGGCGACGAACCCGAGUCCAAGAAGGACAAAACCGAGACUGAGAACACAGAGUCCACUAAUGAUUCAGCCCAGCCCAGUGGGGAAACUUCAGAGGCCAAGAGUUCUGCGGCAGUGAAGAUCACAGCAGAUGAUGACGCGCUGACCAUGCAGGAGGAGAUAAACCAGAUGAAGAAGAAGUUGCAGCCGAAGCCGCCCACCCCCCAGGACAGAUUCCCCAAGCUGAGGAAGAGGAGGGGCUUCCAGGAAAGGUCAGGGGUCAGGCUUGGCUCUCAGAGGGUGAUGUUCGCGUGUUCCGUCUGCAAGUUCCGCUCCUUCUACAGCGAGGAGAUGGCCGCCCACAUGGAGAGCCGCUUUCACAAAGACCACUUCCGCUUUCUGACCAAUCAGCUGUCCAAGCCCACCAUCGACUUCCUGCACGAGUACCUGAACAACAAGUUCAAGAAGACCGAGGAGAGGACGAAGCAAAUUGAGAACAUGAGCGCAGCAAUCUGCCAGGUGUAUAAGGAGCAGGACCUCACCCGAGACAUUGGAAUGGAGCACUUCAUGAAGAAGGUGGAGGCAGCACACUGUGCAGCCUGUGAUCUCUUCAUCCCUAUGCAGCACCACCUCAUCCAGAGACACCUCAAAUCCCCCGACCACAACUUCAACCGCAAGGGCAUGAUGGAGCAGUCGAAACACGCCAGCCUCUCUGUGGCCCGCAGCAUCCUCAAUCACAAAAUCAUCGCCAAGAAGCUGGAGAUCUACCUAAAGGGUGAGAACCCGUUCGACGGCAAUGAUAAGGACCCUGAGGAUUCGCUGAUGGACGUGUCGGGGGCGGAGCUAGAAGACAAGAGCCAGGCGACGGCGCAGGACGGCGAUGGAAACCACGCCCCCGCGGGGGAGGGGCAGAAGGACGGGGCGGAGGUGAAGAUGGAGGAGGAGGAGCUGGAGGGCGUGCUGGGGGAGGACUGCCUGGAGGAGGAGGGUGAUGACGGAGAGGCGGAGCCUGGGGAGGAAGAGGCGUUGCUUAAGGAGGAAGGGGAGGGGCUUAAGGAGGAAGAGGACAAGGCGGCGCCUAAGGAGGAGGCGGAGAUCCAGGACGAGGCGGUGCUGAAUGAGGAUGAGGAUGAGGAGAGGGCACUGCUGAACGAGAAUGAGGGCGUGCUGGGGGGUGAUGGGGAAGGGCAGGAGGGGGCGGAGGAAGAUCUUGCGGACGGGGAACAGGCUGUGGAAGCAGAUUUCGGAGAUGAGGAAGAGGCGGAUUUAGGGGAGGAUGAUGAAGGGGUGGAGGCGGAGGAAGAGGAGGGUGUAGAGGUGGUAGAUGAGGAAGAGCUGGAUGAGGACCAGGCCGACGUGGCCGUGGUGGAGGACGAUGAUGGAGUGGUUCUGGUGGAGUAACGUCUGACCCCCCGCCCCCCGUUUUCAUUGUGUCUAUGAUUCUGAUGCCUCCUGGCCAGCAGCGCCCUCAUGUGGACAGUACACUGCACUGCAGCUGCUCACCCCAAUCAAACUGUGACAUCAUCUCGGACCAACCACCAAGAACCCCACCCCCUCCUUCCAAACACACCACACACACGCGCUGUUUUAUUUUUCCUGUGUAUAUGUUUAUUUUGUUGUGCCUUUUGUCAAGUUUGAUGGCAGGGUUUGAUCCAAGAAUGACGGGCAGGGGAUGGGAGGGAGUCUGUUAUUUUUUUUAUCCUAAUGUCUUCAACUGAUGCGACCACCGGAUUCGGGGAAUACCUUUCAAAAAGGGAAACUGCAGUGUGUUUGGUGGGAGUUCAGUUUGUCCUCACUGUUUGACCUGAGCUGAAACACCAUCUUUUUGUUGGAAGAAUGGAGUUAAUUGUUUUUACAUUUUAUGUUUCUUUUUUUUGUUGACAGAAAAAUAAAUGUUUGUUAACACA